CGUUUUGCGUGGAGAGGCCUUCUGGCUCCAGCCCUGCCGCGGCCCAGAGGGCAUAUGAAGGCCAAGAAGCGCAAAAGGAGGGCAGCGGGCGCGGAGGGCGCGCCUGGGGCGCCGGCGGAUGGUAAGUCCGGCGCAGCCGCGGGGGAUGCCACAGACGAGGCUGCUGCGGCUGGGGCGGGUGGCGCGCCGCCUGGCGGCGGCCUGCAGAUCUUCGGCAGCGGCGGGGGGGGCGCGGGCGGCGCAGCAGCGCGGCCCGCACCGGCGGCCGCGGCUAGCGCGGAGCGGUCCAGGGCCCCCGUGGCCGCCAGUUUCGCACAGCUCGGCGUGGCUCCGUGGCUCGUCUCGGCGUGCGACAAGAUGGACAUGCGCCACCCGACGGAAAUCCAGUCGCUGACCAUCCCGCCCGUGCUCGCCGGCAAGAACGUGGCGGGGAAUGCGAAGACCGGCAGCGGCAAGACGGCCUGCUACUGCCUGCCGGCGCUGCACCACCUCUCGAAGGACCCGUACGGCGUGUUUAUCCUGGUCCUCAUCCCGGUCCGGGAGCUGGCGUUCCAGAUCGCGGAGAGCUUCCGAGCCCUGGGCCGAAGCAUCGGGGUCACGGUGGCCGAGGUGGUCGGCGGCCGGGAGAUGCUGGCGCAGAGCGCCAUGAUCCUCGAGCGCAGGCACGCCAUCGUCGCAACGCCCGGCCGCCUCGCCGACCUGCUGCGCGGUGACCCGGCGCUGUCGCGGGCGAUGAGCCGGCUCCACACCCUGGUGCUGGACGAGGCCGAUCGGCUCCUGACGCAGCCCUUCGAGGAGCCCCUGGCGGAGAUACUCGCGGCCGUUCCGCGGAAGCGGCAGACGCUGCUGUUCUCCGCGACUAUGACCAAGAGCAUCGAGCAGCUGCGCCAGCGGCUCGCUUCCGGAGGCCCUGCCGGGGAGCUCCUGCUGCUGGACGCGAACCCCAACGACGAGACGCUGGACACGCUCACGCAGCAGUACAUCUUCGUGCCUGACUCAGUGCAGAUCUGCUACCUGCACUACCUCCUCAAGGAGCACUUCCCGGAGGCCAGCUGCAUCGUCUUCGCCCCCACGCUGGAGCUCUGCCAGAUGCUCACGACGAUGCUGGACCUGCUCCACUUCUCGGUCGUCGGCCUGCACUCCCUGCAGUCCAUGCGCCACCGCCAGGCCUCCCUGGCCCGCUUCCGCGCGGGCCGCAGCCGCAUCCUCGUGGCCACGGACGUGGCCAGCAGAGGCCUCGACAUCCCCAAGGCUCUCGGGACGGGGCGCUCGCUGCCAGCCUCCACGGGUCCUGGCCGGGCCGCUCCCAGGCCCAGGGAUGGGCCUGGCCACGAUCGGUACACGUGCGGUCCCUUCCCUUUCUGCCCCUCCUCCCCUUCCGCGCGGCUUUGGUGCGCUCUGGGGUCGAUUCGCAUCGCCCCGCUCCAUGCUCGAGGCCUCCGCGUGCGGCCCUCUGACGACCGCUGAGUGGAUCGGCGCCGAUGGUUAGCCUGCAUUGCCGUCGGUCCGAAAUCACCAUCGUGAAACCAAAAGCGCCGAUGUCUUGGAUCUGCGUGGCACCCGCCUCCCAGGGCGCGCGGAGCCCGCAAGGAGCGGCGCCAGAGGCGCCGCCGGGGGACCCCAGCGCAGAUCCAAGAAGUCCGCGCGGAACUCCGCAAUUUCAUGUCAGUGCCCUUGUGGCCUUCUAACAUUUAAGUCGUGCGUGUCCCUCU